AUGUUGGUCGAAUCAAGAAAAAAUCAAAUAAACUAUACAACAAUAUUAAACGAAGCAUGUGAAAGGGGUUGCAGAAAGGCAAUUUGUUGUAUAAACCGUGAGAAAAUAUUUGAUAAUUUUGGAGUAUCAUCAAAGCAUACAGAUGAAAAAGUGACGACUAAAUGGCAAUCGACGGCCACCGUCUCUCCCUUAACCGAGAAGAUCCGUCAAUACAUUCGAGAUGUACUGCAGAAUCAAGUCAACACGAAUGAUCCUCUGCCGCGUUAUUUUGAGGCUGAAGUAAUUAAGUGGAUGAUUUAUGAAGCGAGAAUGCAGCAGGAAGCAAGGAUUGCGAUCGAAUUUGAAGCUGUGGCCGAGCGAGAUCGUGAAUUCCUGGCCAUGAAACAACAGGCCGUGGGCGAAAAAAUGUCACGGAAGGAGUUAAGGGAAGCAUCGAAGCUCGAAGGGAAAAGUACGUCGGAGCCACGAGCAAAUUCACGAUUAAGAAGACGCGACGAAGAAUGGAAGGAUAAGAUCUAUAUCGACGAUGCUCCUCAGGACGGUCCAAAUCUCUACAUUCUUCUUACUGGUUUCCGCAAUCCAGAUUUACCCGCGGAUUUAAUUACAAUCGGUGUUCCAUUGAGAUGCAUUCUGAAACUUAAAGAUUUACAAGACGACAAUAAUUUUGAUAAAUCCGAGACAAGUUUAAUCGAAUGUGAAGACACCAAUUCCUCAUGCGAUUCUAAAGUAUUUCAUUCUCACAGCACAGUUUUAAAAACCGACACUAUUGAUCAAUUGGAUUUUUGGAAUAAAUUUGAUGAAAGUAAUUGUUUGGAUCUAGCUAUUUGUCCCUACUGUCCUCCUUCUCCGAAAAUUGGUAUCGAUAAAAUUUAUGACAACAUUUCCUUUGUCCUCUAUGAUUUUCACAAUACUAUGCAGAAUCACAUCACCUAUUUGCAUAGUAUGAAGAUAUACGAAGUAUAUGAACCAAAGCACGAGACAUUUAGAUUGUCCAGCUACGAAAAUUUCAUGAAAUUUAAGCCCGAAGAAUAUAUUUUAAUACCCGAUAUAAUGGAAGCACUGUUAUAUCAGAUCGAGGAAAAUAUCAAAAAAGACAAUGAAACUGAUGCAACGGAAAAUUUAAAUGUAGAAAAUGAUGAGGAUGAUCGGCCACGUAUGACCUCCAUCUUGACAUCCAAGCAACAAGAAUCCCCGGUAUUGCCAGAAGCUCGUGCAGCUGCAGUUGACGACGCCUCACUCUCGAGCGUAGCGACUUCGUUAAGUAAAGUGAACUCCGAAGCUUUCGCGCGUCUAACAGAGAAACUUCGCCUAUUGAAUCUAAAAUACGAACUUACGUCGCAAACGAACGAUCCAUCGCAUCAGCCUCUUCGAAAGCUCGAAUUAAUCCUUCAUGGGGAUGUGCUGGGUUUAAAUGCGUGCCGCGCUAACGACGAAGUGACGGAAGACUCGCAAGAUGGAAGAAUUAAGGCGCAAUACAAAUCAAAAUUCACCGAGCUCAAGAGGUUUGAAGUGAAGCCGAUCGUAGAUCCGAGGAUUAAUGUUGCUUGGCGUCUAAAUAACGAAAAUGAGAUAAAAAACUGCAAGUUACAUUUAAACAGCAUUUAUAAAAUCUGUGCAAGGAAAGGUCUCAACAAAAAAAGAACGAAACAUCUUCUAAAUAUACUUGGAUUAAAGCAAUUGAUAGAGUGUCAGUUAACUAACCUAGGAUUAGCACCGGUUGGAAAGCAAUGUUCGAUGUUACUCGAAGAGUUCGGGGAAGCCGAGCUACUUUCUCCCAAUGCAUUUCAACAAAUAGUUGGAAAUUGCUUUCAGGAGUACGAGUGUGGAGAAUUCAUAGCAAAGUACUUCCUACCGACUGAUUCGGUAUUACUACUCUUUUGCGAUAAUAUAAAGCAGCCUUACGAAAUACUGGAACAACGUGUGACGUGCGCCAUACGUACAGCCGUUUGCCUGCAAGAUUUUUAUAACUACAUCGCCAAUGAAGAAUCACAAUGGUUCGAGCAUCAACGAAAAUCAAAAAAUACAAAUGAUAUAUUCGAUCGCCAACGAAAUACAAUGAUAAGUACGAGCGAUCGAGCAGUAGCAGAGCCAAUUUUCAGGGAUGAAGAUUUCAUAUUAUCGACAUCAUUGAAAGGCUGCGAUUUGUUGAAAAAAAAACAUCGAAGAUGUCCGAAUUCUGCGAAAUCCUCGGCAGCUAUCGCGAAGGAAAAAGAAUCUAAGAAAAAACAAUCCGCUGAUCCCCGGCAACCAUUGGCCUCCGCCGCAAUUCUUUCAUCUGCCACUGGUGAAACGAACGAGCUUCUUGCGUCUUCCUUCGAUUUUAUUGGCUACGAUCUUGGCGUGUCCCGUCGAGUUCAAGUUUCCAAUCUUAACUGGACCUUCGAGGCGAGCGACGGGAUGCGCGUGCGUUUAACACGUGAGAUUUGGCUCCUUGGAAGUAAUAAAAAGCAAAGAAUGACGAGCGUGCGAAUCACGAUACCUGAGGAAGAAAAUGAAGGCCUUAGAUAUCAGGAGAGUCAGGUGGACGAUGAAUUCACGUGCCUCUUUCACUUAACAAUGGCAAACGGCUUAAUAGUUGCCUUUUCUCGACUCCAGAAACAUAUUUCGGAUAACAAGAGGACAAAUGAAUUACUUUAUGAAAUUCAAAUAUCUUGGCCGUCUGGAUUAAUAAUCAGACCAGUAGAAUAUCAAGACGCAGAUUUUCCGUUUUAUAUCCUUCAGUAUUACUCGAUAAAAGGACUUGAACUUGAUAAGACUAUUAAAGACGAAACUCAUCGGAAGUACUUGCAUAACGGGGAUGUUGUAAAGUUUUUUAACGAUGGUUCGGUUAUUGCUUUACGACCCAAUGGGACGAUAAUUACCAUUAUGAAUUUUGGUAAUGGUGGCGAAAAAUCCAUUUCAACGUCGACUGAUGGAACACGUAAUAACUUGCUAGAGGCGACUGUACUUCAACAUGAAAUAUCCUUAUCUUGUCAGCCGUCGUGUGAGUGCGCUUACUCAAAGCCAUCGCCGCUGCGCUACAAAGUGUUGGAACCGGAUGGCCGACACUACGAGGUUUACGAUGGCCGCGUCGUUCACGAGCUCAAUCGAUUGCGCACAAACAUUGCGGAAGCUUACAGUGUCAAGGAGAAGUUGGUGCGACGCGCCGAUGGCACGGAUAUGCUCAUCAGGAGUAACGGUGAAAUGCUCGUAUCCUUUCCAGAUGGUACUCGCACGUUAUGCGGUUGCGUGGUUGAGAGUGAACUCGUGCACUGCGACUGGUCAGGGGAGGAACUCAUACGUUACUUCGGCCAGAAAGAGCCGGAAGGUUUCGUCUCAGUUGUAACUUAUAGUCGCGCUGAGCAUCCGAAUUAUGCGACGGUAUCCCGCGAAACCCCAAGUGUCGGUGUCUGCGGCCUGGCGAUGGGCAAAUAUGGUCCACGUCUUCGAAUAACGCCGCAGGGAUUAGGCGAACUUUCGACCAAUAAUAAACUUCGAGUGGAGUUUUGCGACGCUGGUGUCGUAUUAACUCGGCAAUCAUGUCCCGAAUGCCAUAGAUCCUCUUCCUCCGCGACUUUCCACCAUAUCGAUCGGCCGUGUGCUCCCGGAGAACCAAACGCGCUUCUAACAUUCGAGGACAGCACAAAUUGUCUGAUGGCAAAACGAGACGAAGCGGGUUUUUCGAGAAUAGAAAUCUCCAAUCCAGUGGUCUGCGAGUGCAAGCAGAAUAACAGGAUGAAGCAGCGUUACAGGAUCUUUGCCUUGAAUCGAAAUGGUCAGGCUUACGAGUAUCAUCGAUCGACCGAUUGUCAGAGAUAUUGGAUGAUAAUGGCCGAGGACGAGCGAUCAAGUCUCAUAUGCUCCGAUAACUAUUCCCUCGCCCUUCAAAUGCCAAAAACUAUUCUUGGUGGCUCUAAAGAUUGCCAGUUGGAUUACGAAAUUCCAGAAGCGACACCAUCAGCAACAUAUCGCCUUGGCUCGGAAUCUAUAUGGGACGAACCAUUGAAAUCCACAAGAGAGCGACCAGUUCGAUUUCUGAUAGCUCGGCUCUUUAAGAACAUUGUCUCAGCAGAUGAAGAGUCACUUAAGAACGUGCAAAGUGCACUAGUGCACUAUUGGCGAGAGAUUGCAACUGGAUCGCUAAUGAAAGAUUUCACCGAUAAACAGACAAUGACGUGCGAAUGUGAAACAGAUAUUGUUAGUCAAAUUAGAAGCAUCGGUUUAGGAAAAGUGAAAACCAUCGAUUGGGAGAUUUAUGAAACCGGUCGACAGCAUUUAAAAGAAAUGAAAGUAAAACAAGAUGAAAAGAGGACGGGAGAAAUGAUCGAUCGUUUUUAUUAUCCAAAUAAGCUCCAUUCAUACUAA